AUGACGUCCCAACAACUUGCAGAUGUCACAUGGGACAAGAAUGCACCUCCAGCGACCAUGAGCAGACGCGAACUGGAAGGCAUCAACACCGCUAUGCUGACUCUAACGUCUUUGGUCUUCGUCGCGCGCAUUGUCAUUCGAUUAUCCAAGCGGAGAACAUUCGAGCUGCAAGACUUCUUUUGCUGUCUAUCUUAUCUUUUCUAUGUCGCAAUGCUUGUCAUGUUCUUCAAGGAGAAUGACCCGCUUUAUCGAGCCGAGCGUGUUCAGAGAGGCGAGGCGCCGUUGUAUCCAGGCCUCCCCUCGCCAAAGUAUAACAUCAUGUGGUGGACGAUUUUGAUCUUUUGUGUUUUGUCUUAUGUGGGAAGUGCUAUGACUACCAUCUUCGUCUGCGACGACCAAAAGGCGAAGUACAACUACGGCAUGUGUGCGAAACCGAAUGAGCAGAAGCGUGCGCAGUUCAGUCUAUGGUUUGCGUACGCAGUAGAUGUGGCCGGUGACCUCGUAGUAAUGUUCCUUCCGUUUCGUAUGACCUGGAACCUACGGCUACCCAGGGCUCAAAAGCUUGGCAUCUUCGUCCUCUUCGGAAGUGGUUGGAUAUGUAUUGUCUUCGCCACGCUUCGUGUCGUUCAAGUCAGCGUCAAAGACGGCUUGCCAAAGAUACCAGACCCCAAGUGGUUGCAAAUGUGGACCGUUAUCGAGACUUCGAUGGCGGUCAUUAUUGGAUGCGCCCCAGCUUUCAACGCUCUUCGCCGUCGCUCUGACCAUCACAACGUUGAGAUAUCGUCAGUUCGUCUGGAUAUGGAAACCGCAUGUGGCGGUCAGACAAUGCGGGCGGAACCUUAUAUGCGAGUGCUACGAACGAACGAGCAAGGGAGUGAAGAAGCUCUACAUCCACGCAGCACGCCUGGACUGGCAAUCUAG